AUGAAACUGCAUGCAUUUUUAGAUUCUGUUGAAAUAACAUCCAAAGAAGAUAAAAAACAAAAGAAAAAGAAGACAGGAUUUUCGUCAAGAUCAAAGAGCGCCAGUAGCACAAACUUCGUAAAAAACAAUCCACAGAAAUCAUUAAAAUUUGAUGAUGAAUACGAUGCAACUGAAUAUUGGCUAGAAUCAAGUAGAAAGUUGGUACAGGAUAAAGUAAGAGUGUAUCACGCUGUGAGUGCGGACACAAUUAGAGAUAGGCCGUGUUGUUGCACGCCGAGGAGACUCGAUAUGAAUAAAAGUAACAGUUCAGAUGUAAUCUUAGAUAUAUUAUCACCUGUGAUGGCAGGCAAAGGAUUGGAGCUGGAAGAACACGGGCGGAAUUAUUUGCAAAAUUCAGGAUCCGUAAUAUCACCUCAACAAACACAUUUUAUUUCCAAGAACCAAUCAUCCAUAAAGUUAUCCGUGUGCCGUAUUCCGCCGUGCAGGCUACCUCCCGAACAUCAGAUGGAUCCAUCUGAAACUCUAAACAAUAGUUCAAUUCCACAAGCCAAAUUGUUAGAAAUGUUUGAAAAGUUCCGUAAAGAGAUGGACAGUUGCCCUCAAUCUCCUCAAAAGUCCAACGAUAAUAAAAAAGAUAAUUUAGAAGAUGUUUCAAAAAAAACAUGGACGCCUGCAGACGGCGGUGAACAUACAUGCGACUCAUGUGGGAGACCCCUUGACGGAAAAGUAAAAUGUCUUUGUUAUGGUAAAGAAGGUAAAAACAAAAUGAAAAAAAUACGCAAACAACUGUGCCCGUGCAAUCAACACACGAUGCCACCGGAUUUAAAAGAAAAAAUAACAGAAAAGGAAACAGAAAAGGAAACAGAAAAAGAAACAGAAAAAAAAUCAAAAAAAGACGAAGAAAAAAAUGAAGAGAACAAACCAGAAGUAGAUCGACCUCCCAAAAAAAGUUGUAAAUGUUGCGUGUGUUCAGGAGGCAAAGCUGUAAAGGGGAAAAAAUGCUCCUGCGCAGAAAAUACUUGUUAUGCUGAUCAGAAACAAAAAGAACGUUGUGACUGUUCAGACCCAGAGCCUGAGGUAAAUAUAGACUAUGACAUUUUGAAAGAAAUGAUGGAAGAAAAACAAAAGCUAGAUAUGGAACUUGCUCUAAAACUGAAAUCUGAAAAUACGGUAAAAGUAUCUGGCUUCAAUGUUAAAUUAAAAAAAAAACCACUUGCCCAUCUGUCCCUGGAUGAAGCCAUCAAAUAUUUCGAAUUGCACCCAGAACAAAUACCAGAACCAAUCGAAGAAACGGAGGACUGUGUCUGUGAAGAUGAAAAAACAGAGAAUUCAGAAAAAUCGGAGAAAUCGGAGGAUAAAGUGGAGAAUGCAAAACCCUAUAUAAAACGUAAGUUAACUUGGAAACAGAGACUCUCAGUGUUCAGCAGGAAUAAAGAAAAGUGUGAAUGCCCUGAUGACGAGCCUGAGCCUGAACAAGAAUCGGAUACUGAGUCUGAAUAUGAUGAAUACGAGCCUAGUGAAUUUAGCUCAUCUUCCACUCCAGCUUCUUCAGCCAGGGACGGUUUUCUUUCCGUCGAUGAGCCGCAACCGAAAGGUUUUAAAUUCGUCAUAGGAGGAAAAGGCUCUGGAUCUAAAGGUCUCAAAGGGAUUUGUUGUUUUGAUAUGUUACAAGAGCAACAAUUUAAAUCGAAAUCAUCACCCGAUACAACGGAAUAGAAUUAACAAUAACGACUAUCCAUAUCUUAAAUACUUAUGUACAAAUAUUUUGGGAUUUUAAUGUUUCUGAUUUUAAUAUGAAUUAAUACAUACUUUACUUUAAUAAACUGCACUAUAAAGUCUCCAAUUUUAAAUUGGUGUAUUCUAAACUAACACUGUCUGUUGUCACAUUUGGCCUUUGAUACUUCAUAUGUAUAUUUCAAUAUCCUUCUGUCAUUUACAGCCAGUUGCACAAACGUUCAUUAAAAUUUUCAUUAGUUUAAAGCGACAUUACCCAUACAAAUUUGACAAUCAUUAGCGCUUAAAGGAGUCAUUAAACCUUAAUGGAUGUUUGUGCAACUGGCCUCAUAACAGUUAAUCCCGCAACCACGCCCGCGUAACCCAUGUCACCCAUGUAGACGAAAGUUUUUUUUAAUCCAUCCUUUCGAACAAAUCUUUCCUCAAAAUAAUACUAUGUAAAAAAUAUUGUUAUAUAUAAUUAUUAUAUUGUUCAACAAAUACAAUUAAUGUUUGCUAAAUUACCGCAAAACUGACUUUACAAAUAAAUAUCUCUUAUAUUUUUUUGCUCAGUGCAAAUUUUAUUAAACUGUUUAUUGUAAGCACUCCGAAUUUUUCACAAAAUAAUAUUGGUGAAUAAAAAUAAAUAUUUGCGAAAAGAUAAGCCAUUAUGGUGCCAUUAUUAUACCAGCUAGGUAAUCGAGAAUAAUUAAACAAAUUUACGAAUAAAAAGAGAUGGAGGAUGAAAAAAAUAGCAGGAGAUAUAACCGUCUGUCUAACUUCUAUAUGAGAUUAUAGGUAUGUCUGUCUGUAGACAACAUAGGUGUGCAAAUGGUGAGCAACAUAGAUUAAUAAAGAGGGUUAAUGCCUAAUUCUAAUGUAUUAGGUAAUACGAACGUCAAAAAACUAUUACAGGUAACAUCAUUGGUAACAUUAGCGUUUUGAUAUACGCUGUCAAAUCUUAGAUAUACUAGAUAAUAAAUAAUCCUCGUAGAUAUCUAUAGUAAAUUAUUAAAAGUCUGCAUUUAGUUUAAUAGACUUAUAAAAAAAUGUUACAUUGUUCAGAGCAUGUUCGUGGCAUGUAGGAUGCAUUUUUUAGUUUUGAUAAAUUGUAGUGUUGAAA